AUGUAUGUGAAAUGGUUUGAUACAGUAAUGGAAUACUAUGUGAUUUUAGUGAAUUUAGUGAAUGUCACUUUAUGUCAUUUUCAAAUUUCCCGCCAUUCCGUCCCGACGUUGCAGGGGACAAAACCCAGAAGACAGAUGCCAGCAUCCGCAGGAGGACAUUGCAGGGGACUCUGCAGGAGGGACAUCGCGGGAGCGCAGGACAAGGUAAGAGAAGAACAGAUCCCGGAGCAGCGACGCAUGGUAAGCCCGAGUGUAGCUCGGGGUUACAACUUGUGCUACACUCGGGAAUACCGCCAGGGAAGCUAC